AUGAAAGUAGUAUAAUUUAAUAAUGGAUUAUAUUAUGGGCAACUUGAUUACUUUUAUAAAAAGAUUGGGUUAGGUGUUUAUAUUUAUGAUGAUUCUUGUUUAUAUUUUGGAUAAUGGAAGAAUGAUUUAUACAAUGGGGAAGGUUUGAUUAUAUUUCCAUUUGGUGGAAUUUUAAAGGCAACAUUUAAGAACCAUUCAAUUGAAGGAAUUGGAAUAUUAAUAACAAAUAAUGAAGUUAUGAUAGGAGAAUAUCAAAAUUCUGUAUUAAUUAAUAAAGCAUUACUUUUUAAUGGUAUAUAGUGGAAAUUGAGAUCAUUUUUGAAAAAUGGUUAAUAUGAAGAUUAUGAUUGUUAACCAAGUAAAGAAUAAAAACUAUUCUCAGAAUUCAUAAAACAAUACCCACAACUAUAUAAAAGCAAACUUUUGUUAUCUUUGGUAGGAUAUAUCAUUAAUGAUAAUUAAAUGUAUAUUGGAGAGUUUAAGAAUAAUAAAUUAGAUGGAUUGGGUAGAUUAUUAGAUUUUGAUAAAAGAAUAUUGGAAGAUGGUUAUUAUAAGAAUGGAUUGCUUUAGAAAGGUUUUAGAUAUUAUGUUGAAAAUAAUUCAUUUGAAUAGGUUUAAUUAGUAUUUGAAUAAGGAUCAUUUGAUUAUAAAAUAAUAAUGUCAGGAAUGAAUUUUCCUAGUGAAUUGAUUUAGAAAUAAAGGGCUCUUAUUCAUCUUACAUCAAAACAAUAUAUAAGUAAAUCAUAAGAAAUUCAUUAUUUUCAUAAUAGAUAUUAAAAAUGUAAUAAUUAAAUCAAACCAUUACUUAAAAUUACUUUAAAUCAAUUUAUUUUUGAUGAAGAUGUAUCAAAUGAAGGUGAAACCAAUAAACCAAUUGAACAUGUAAGGAAAGCUUCAUUCCAUAAUGAAAAAAAUAAAUAAUUAGAUGAAUAAACAACAUCAAGAACUUCUUCAUUUCAUGAAAAGAGUAGAUAAUUUGAAUUAGAUAUGUGUAAAAUUGAAUUUGAAAAUGCAUUAAAACCAUUACCUAUAAAUAUUAAACAACCAUAAAGAAAAAGAAUAUUUGAUAAAUAUAAUUUUUGA